GCGGCGAGGCGAAGGGGGCUGCGUGUUUCCGGAAGACGUGGCCGUUGUCGCCCUGCUCCUGCCGUUCGGUUCUUUCUCCUUCCCCGCCGUCGCCCCGCCGCCACCAUGAUCUCCCUCUCGGACACGCAGAAGAUCGGAAUGGGUUUAACCGGUUUUGGAGUGUUUUUCCUUUUCUUUGGAAUGAUACUCUUCUUUGACAAAGCUCUUCUUGCUAUUGGAAAUGUUUUAUUUGUGGCUGGCUUGGCUUUUGUUAUUGGUUUAGAAAGAACAUUUAGAUUCUUCUUCCAAAAACACAAAAUGAAAGCAACGGGCUUUUUCCUGGGUGGUGUGCUGAUAGUUCUGAUUGGUUGGCCUUUAAUAGGAAUGAUUCUUGAAAUUUAUGGGUUCUUCCUAUUAUUCAGGGGGUUCUUUCCUGUGGUGAUUGGCUUUAUUAGAAGAGUUCCAGUCCUUGGUUCUCUCUUGAAUUUACCUGGUAUAAGCUCGCUUGUAGAUAAAGUUGGAGAAAGCAACAACAUGGUAUAAUGACAACAGGGCAGAAGACUGAUUCUAAACUUAUUGUAUUAUUUAUAAAAUCCUUCUGAAGAAUACUCAGCACAAAGAUUAAGUUGUGUACAAAGGAAAGGCUUGUAACAUUCUUUACAUAACAGUUUAAAUUAAAAUGUAUAGUCGACAGUAUACAUUAGAAGCUGGGCAAGUAUGCUUCUAGGAAAAGUAACUCCAGAGUUCAGGAAGUAAACUGAAGAGGUGAAAGUCAUGGAAUAACUCACAUUACAACUGUUCAAGACUGUGUUUGUUGGUUUUGGAAAAGGUAAUGAACCCUUCCGGAUUUAAAGGUGCCUGUACUUUACCUCCUCAUUGUGAAGGUGCAGUAGAGCAAACAGGCCUCCAUUUUUAAGGUCACUCCAACUUCUCCAACCUUCCUCUUGUUACCCUCAGAAUGCAAAACAAACAAACCAAAAAAAAAAAAAAAAAAAGCAGAGUACAGAGAACUUGUGUAACAGGAGAUGCACCUUUGCAUGAAAGUUGAGAUGACUGUUCAUCUCUAAGUAUAUCAUGACUAAAAAGGAAAUCCUGCACACUUCUGUUGUAUGCAUUUCUGUAAAUAUGUGGUUGAAAUAAAACAUUAAGGUAAUGUUUCAAAGCCAAAUGUAAGUUGACUGUAUUUGCCUUCCAUUUUGGAAUAUGCAGAAGGUCAGUCUUCAGUAACUUCAGUCUUAAGUGUUGAUUCCGAACAUGUAGAGUUCAACAGGGAACUCUAGAAACUGACUUACACUCCUUCCAGUUUGUUCUUCUUGAGUCAUGUUAUGUCUGCAUCCAGGUGAGAAUGUAGCCCCUUCUCACUAACGUGGAAACUUCAAAAUGUGUUUGGUUAAAAAAACAAAAAAAAUGCACUUGGUUACGGUGCUGACAUGGAUCUUGUGAAAUGUAUCUUAUCAAAAUAUGAACCUUUUGUUUUUAAAUGGUUUGAAGCUAAGGUUUCUUUGUUUAUUCUGGAACUACAAGUUGACGUUUAUUUUUUACAGUAAUAAAAUGAAAACUUAAAA